GCCACGAUCUGCGCGGUCUCAUUUGUCAACAUCACUCAGGUCACCAUUUCACUCUCUACUUGGAGCUAUGUUUGGAUUUAAAAAGUCAAAAGGGCGCCGCAACAUCCGCAAAAAGGACGACAGUGCCUUCGAAGACGACGGCGCUACGGCUGACAUCGUCAAGCGCUCAGCAAAACCAGCCGCAAAGCCUGAGCGGACAAUUGGCGGCAGUACAGGGCUCAACUUUAGCGCAGAGGCAGCACCUACAGAGCCUACGCCAGGUAAAUGGAAUGGGAGUGUAGUGCCAGACCAAGAUACUUCUGCAGCGGACACGCGCAUACCGCAUUCCAAAGAUGAAGGAGCGAGUAUCAAAUCAGCUGUUGAUGAGCCAGAGAGAAAUCCAGUAAAGGGUCAGCAAGCGCCGUAUCCAUUUGCAACCGACGGAAUCCCCGAUGCGCAGCAGAUUCUGCAAGCCAAGAUAUUGCGGCGACAGCGUCAGGCAGCAGGAGCAUACGGACUGGACGGCGAAUUUGACGAGGACGAUGAAGGAUUCGGUGGCAGGAGCAACGAGCCUGACUACAUUUCCCUGUCAGAUAACCUUGCCGGGUCACGAAUUAGCGGGCCAGGCCUUGACAAUCCAUACGAUGACGACGAUGACAUCUUAGGAAACGUAGCGGCUGAGGACGAAGACGAUGCUGUAAUAAUCGACAAGAAGGAGCGUGAGCAAUACAGAGAAAGCUCGCGUUUAGCCAAAGAGCAACUGAUUGAGGAGGCUCAGGAAGCCAGCGAGGCUAGCGACUGGGAGAACGAACAGCUUCGCAAUGCUGGCAUCACGUCCACACAGGCAUCAUUGAAGCGGCAUGCCCGCAGUCGACCAAAGGACACAGGGAAUUUUGAGUUUGACGAUUCAUACAUGAACUUCCUUCUGGGGCAGGAGGAGGACCAGCUAGUGAUUGACGAAGACCGUCUGAAGACGCUGGAGAAAGACAUAGAGCAGACAACCAGUGCACUUAAAGACAUAGCCGACGAGAUGGAGGCAGCGCAGAAACAGUGGGAGCAUUUUUCCACAAUGGCAAAAUCGGUAGUCUAGAAAUGAUGCAUUCCCAUACACCGACUGCGGAAAAGGUUGAUUGUUUUUAUUGAAGGUGGGUGCGCUAGGCACACGACUUGUACC